AGUUGUUUCUCAGAGUGCCACUUGAGGUACUCAGGAUUUAGUGACUUAUGUAGUUCUUUGCUGUGAAUUUUUGAGUACGACUCAGGAGCCGAAACUUCAUUCAUUCUCAGAAGGUUCAUCUUUGUUGACCUCCUAUUAUCCACAAAAACUGAGUACAUUAAACAAAAGCACAACAAAAAUCCGCUAGAGCGAGGAGAAUGUUUGCGCGAGGAGCGCUUCGGCGCGCGGCAAGCGCCGCGCCAAGUGCAGGCGGGCAAGGCGCAAAAGUGGUCCCCAUGUCACUGUGCUGUCACGGAAAUGCAUACGCUUUUCACUACCUAAAUCACCCUGGUGUUAUGGCUGUGAGUACACUGCUUGAGAUGAAGGGAGUGGUCGACAUGCGAGCGAAUUUCACGCAGGAAAAUGUCGAAGCUUUAAAGGUAUGUUUAGAUUACAGAAAGCUACUUUGAUUUUCCGUUUUGCAGACUCAACAGUGUUUACCAGUAGACGAUCUAGUAGCGUCCACUUCUCAAUGCGAUCCAGGCUUUGGCUUUCACUGUAAUUAAUCAUAGUACAUAGAAGAUGUUCAUGUUCGUCAUGAUGUUCCCCCAAAAAAAAAACAGGAAUUCGAUGUGGAACUUGCUAGGAAAGGUCAAAUUGCAUUAGACCAUGGCCUUGCAGUAAACUUUUUGGACCUUGAGUACAUAGACGAAACACUUCCAAGGUUACUCAUCGAGAAGGAGCUCUCACAAAUGGUACUUUUUUUCUAUUCCGAUGGAUGUAUGUGGCGAGGGCUAAUGUAUGAAUAAAAAAGGAAUUUCUUACACGAGUCCGUCGUAAAAACUCCUCUAACUUACAACAGAUGUUUUCUCUGGUAGAAGUCGGCUACUUUCUGAUAUUCGCUUACUGACAAUGUUUUGGCCACAGCAUAACCAGGAUUUCCACAACUUGCAUCUCCUUCUCCACCACCACUCAUUAUAGCCAUUGUAGUGGAUGUACUACAAAUGGUGAAUGUACUGCAUCACUAUCAUAUUCCACUGUACUAGUAGCCAUUAUACUAAUAUGAUCUUUAGUAGUAUAAUAUUAACUCUUACUAUCGUUCACCCCCUUCAAUGGUGGAAUAAAUCAGGCUCAAUUGGAUAUUUUGCAGCGAAAAGAUGGCGACUAUGCGCCAAUGAAGUCUUUAGAGCCAAGGAAAAAAGAGGCUGUGAAUGCAGCGAUGCUGAAGAUGCCAAGCGUAUACAAGAAAAAAAUGCUCGAAGACUCACUCCACGUCAUAGAGACGUUUUUGGAGACAGGGUACGAAAUGAUACAGAUACUGUUGCUUUAGUUUCCAGGAUGCUAUUACUAUAUGAUAAAGAUGCUGUUGUUUUGGUUCCUUCCAUCAUAAUGAUCAUAUACUGCUGUUUUGGUUUUCAUAGCCAUUAUGUAUAAUAUUUUGCUUUUGGUUCUUGUUUUUUUGGUCGUGUGUAAGCAUGUGUUUGUGUUUGGAUUUCGACGAGAGAUUAGUAAUUUUUUAGUUGGACGAGGAGAAGCACGGCUCCAUCACUCAAACACAUGUCGAUAUUAGAAUCUGUCUCUCCAUCUUCGACGAACUAUUUGUAAAUCUUCUUCCUUGUCCUUUAGAAGCUACUUCUUUGCCUCGCUCUGCACGGUAUAAUUCUAAUUUGCCUCUUUACAGUAAUAAAUUUGCCUCAACAUCAUGAUUAUCACUACAGGUACGCGUGCGAGCGAGAUGCCAUGCAAGCGCUGCUUUAUUAUUGCACUCUAAUGGAGUCUCCUGAUUUGGAGCUGGACGCUAAAACGACGAAGGCUAUCUUAAGGCUACCGUUGAACCAUGAUGUCCUUAGCACCAUAGUCCCCGGAAGAUCUUUUUUUUGUCCUUGAAAAAGAAGCUCCUCCAAGGGUAAUAGCAUUAUUCUCAAAGAGGAAGAUGCGAAAGCGGUAGCUCUAACUACCACAGCCAAGGCCGCGUCUUACAGGGCGUGGGGCGAGCAGAACCUAGGCAAGGUAUCGCAGAAGGAGAUCGAGACAAAUUAUGGUCAGCGUUUAUCCAUCCUUCUCGGCAACAUCUUGGUAGGUCUACCCUUUUCUUUGCCCUGUUUUAUACAGCAGCUUAUAUACAUUAAUACUAACAUAAUUCAUCUUGGUCUUUUGCCCUUCGAUUUCCAUGAAGUGCACAACAGGGGAUGAAAAUAUGGGUCGAGAUGAGGCGACUGAGAAAAUGGAUAAAGGCUGACUCUAAAGAAAGCUGAAAGAAAUCAAGACUGAAUGCAACCCAGUGGUCGUGGAGAAACUCAAGGCGAUGAUUGAAAAAGCAUGAUCCAUCUCGCAGUUGAUCUUCGCAACUAUUGUCUAUUGCUGGGAUUGACAUCUAUUGUCUAUUGUCUAUUGCUGGUAGACAUGCUCUAUAAAGCUGUUGUCCAGCGCUGAAUGAUGAUGACAGCAGCAUAACUCUUCUGCGGGUUUAUUUGAUCAGGUGCCCGAGGACGUACUACCGUAUCUGGGGUAUACGACACUGGCCAGAUUAUACUCGGAGUUCAGAUGCCAGACUGUUCUUUCUAUCCUGGUAUGGGCUGGUAGUGGUGGCAU